AUGGCAGCCUUCCCCGUCUUCCAUUUUGCUUCUGCCUUGGUGCACCUCUCUCUUUCUCUCAUCAUUUCGUUUCUCGGUCUCGCACAGUACAUUGCUCAUUAUCUCUCCACUCAGACGUACCACCAGUUCAUCUUCCUUUCUCGGAAUCCUAAUCCCGCCCUUACAGCACGAGGGUGGCAGGUGUUACCUGUAGAUUACAAUAAUCCCAGCGAUGUACGCUACAAGCUCGUUGGUGUAGACACCGUCAUUUCAACCAUCUCAGGCCAGGCGCAACUAUCGCUGAUUGACGCCGCUGCCGACGUCCAUGUGCGUCGAUUUGUGCCAUCGGAGUUCGAGGGUUCUCCGCGUCAACGGCCGGAGGACGAUCCCCUUGAUCGUGGACAAAAGCUGGCAUUGACUAGACUUCGUGAGAAGCAACAACGUGGGAUGGAGUACACGAUAUUCACUUGCGGUAUAUUCUAUGAAAGGUUUUCUCCCGGUGGCAUGGCUGCGCUUCAACUUGGUGCUGGGACGCACAUUUCGGCGGAAGGCAGCUACAUCUUAGAUAUACGCCGUCAAACAGCUAGUAUACCCUUUCAUCGCUCAGGUGACGGCGUGUAUAUAUGCAUGAUGUCGGCCGAAGAUGUUGCUCGAUAUGUGGUGGCCGCGCUUGACCUUCCUAGCUGGCCGAAUGAAUUCUUCAUGGCAGCAGAAAGGAUAAAAGUGGACGAUAUUGUUUCCAUAGCAGAGGUCAUGUACGGUGGACUGUUACAACGUCGAUACUAUGACAAGGCUACGUUAAUGAACGACAUUUCCUUCGCUCUUGAAACAUGCGAUGAUUCUGAGCAUUGGCGUCUUCGACAUCUGAUGGCUACCCUGCAGGGCCGGUAUGAUUUCCAGGAGACAAAUCUUAACCAACUCAUCCCUAUUCAACCGAAGGCUUUCGUGUCGUGGUUAAUCGCUGCUUGGUCUAACAUCACAUAA